GUCAUUGAUAUGUUUAUUUCGGCCACAAUGGCUUCUGCUUGAUAUGCACGAUAAUAAUGGACUCUUUUGUCAAGAGAUUAAAUCCAUCUAAUGCCGGAAAAUCCCAGUCUAAUGACAAGCAUAGCCGGUCAUUAAAUGAGCCUCCUACUAAAAGAGCUAAAAGAGAGGAGGUUUGCGAUAGCGAUGAGGAUUCAGACCAGGCCAUUGAACCUAGCAGUCCACCAUUGAAGCCGUUGCCAGGUUUCCGAAGAAAAGAUACUGCGGCUUUGGGUGCCGAUGAUGAUGACGAUGCGUCGCAAAAUUCGGAGGCAGAGGUCGUUCCAUUUCGGCAAACCGCCAUUGAGACCUCACUUCCUGAGGUUAAGUCAGGAAAAGAAGCGCUCGAGGAAUAUGAAAAUUUCAGAGCUUCGCAAAAUGAAGACGAUGAUGCAACCGCCGCGUCAAGACUUGAUUCAAGGAAAUGGGUGAGAGGUAAAACAUCUCUCUACGUUGAUGCCUUUAACCUCGCUCUCAAUACAGUACUUGACGAGGAGUCUCAUCUAUUUGGCGAGGAAGAAAUAUACAUUUUUAACCAAUGGAAUACUCUAAGUUUCGAAGCUCAAUUCCUGUAUGUGCGGCUAUUUCUAAGGAAAACAGCGUCGUGGCAUCGUAUAGCCCGUCUGCGCUAUCACGACGAUAUCACAGACAUCAAAGCAGCUGUUGAUGAGUUACAGAAGGGUCGGGAUCUGCCACCAACUUCUUCUGGCUCUCCACCCACCCCGGAACCAGUAGAACCGAUACCUCCAUCCCUAGAUCGAGACCCAUGCAUAUUCAAUGGGAGUUUUGCAUUUGCAGACAUGUCCGAACAAUUCAUCACAAGUGUAGAAGAGGCUAUAUCACUUCUCAAUCUAGACGAGAUCAAAGCCUUGGCCAAAGAGGCAAAAGUCCAAGGCAAGAAUAAAACGGAGCUCGCAAAAUCCAUUUGUAAGAUGAGCACUCAACAGGCUGGUCUCUUCUCAUUAGGCCUACGACGCUCUAGCACUAAGGGUUCUGUAGACUCUCCAGACAGAAAUACGCCCGAGACAGAAUCCCCAGGCCCAGUGGGUCUUAGCGAAAACUCCAAUAGAAGAAAGCAUUUUCUUGAGAAAAUCUUGGCUAUAGCCGGCUCUUGUAUAAGGCUCUCCUUACCUGUUUUUAAAUUGUUCGAAAGAGUUCACCUGGUUUUCUACAGGUCCACUGAAUGGACGGAGAAGUCUCUAACAACGAUCAUACUUGCGAAGAUAUCGAAGCGUAAUUUUCCGAAAUACAUCGUCAGCAGGUCUACCAACAUCUUCGCAACUAGAGCUCAACUGUUAGAGUUCGAAACGGCCAUGAGGACUGAAUUUACUGUCGACAGCAUACUAGAAUUUAAUGGCCCCGUUAGAGAAACAGAUUUUCGAAAAGUCAUUGCGACAUUCGAAGAGAUAUAUCCAAGGUGGAAAGCGUUGGUGAGGGAAGAACAGGAAAAGGAAGAGAGGGUUUACGAAUCCGGGGAGGGGGCUUAUCUAAGGCGACUCAACCCUGCCCAUCCGUACACUCGAAUCGUCCAUAAAGCCGCGCAUGUCUUUGGUCGACUGAAAGAAUAUCGACGGGAACGUGAAUUGCUGAUUGAGUUACUUGAUCAACGUCUUUUUCACUUAGCCCGACGGGGCUCAUGGUACCAACGGAAGGCCCUUUUAGAAGAGCAUUACAUGUGUACUUCGGAACCCGACCCCUCCUACAAAGAUCCAGAGUUGCAGAAGAAACAUUGGAAGCGAAUCGCAGUGACAACUUGCGAGACCGCCCUAGAGGAUCGAGACUGUCAUCUGAUUUAUCAUUACGAUAUACAGAAGCGUUUAGUCAAGCUUGAGAAGCAGCUUAAGAUUCCGAAGCGCUUGCAACAUGACUUCGGCCAUGUACGAUUGCAAAAGCCUGAAGAACAUAGUGCCGAGGGUAUUCAAAUCAAGAGAGAUGAUAUCGUAGGUAAAAAUGGACGAGAGGCGAGCACGAAGACUAUAUGGGUGGACGAGGCUGAGGACGACGGCAACGGCAACGGCGAAUGUAGCGUGGAAGCCAUGUGUCUAAGCUCGUAUAGAAGCCAAGGCUGGAAGGGCUAUCACGCGGAGGGAGGUAUCAUUAGGACCCUCUUCGCAUACCUAUUCUUCGACAUUCUUUUCCUCUACAUACCCAAUGUGUUCCAGACUGCAUACCAAACAUGCCCGCUAGACUUGCACACGGAUGCCUUCUACCCGACUCGAGCGUCUGAGAUCAACCAUCGACUUGUCGAGAUUGCGAAUGGUGGGGCGGCGGCGUUAAUCGAGGAGGUUGACCUGCGAGAGCGCAAUAGUCGUACCUGUGUUGUCGGCCUCAACUGGGACUAUGAGUUAGAUGAUCUUUUGGAACUAGCAAGCUGCUUUGAUGGCGCGGCGCUAGCCGCCAUAUGCAAGGUCAUGGCACAGGAAUACGGUCAGAGAGGCGGCGGUAUACCAGAUCUAAUCCUCUGGAGAACAGAACCGAAUCGGGAAGUGAUGUUUUCCGAGGUGAAGAGUGCCAACGACCGCCUUAGCGAUACGCAAAGACUCUGGAUUCACGUACUCACCGGGGCUGGAGUGAAAGUGGCUCUAUGCAAUGCAGUAGCGAAAGAAAUCAAGGAAAUUUGA